AUGAACAUAAAGCCAGUAUACAACGGGCGAGAUGUGCGUCGACUACGGGAAUUGUACCAUGCCUGUGAGACAAACUGCCGAGGUCUGAAAACCCUGGGAGUGGACGAAAGUUCGUAUGCUACGAUUGUUGUUCCGGAAAUACUCGACAAGCUGCCGGAAUCCCUUUGUUUGACGAUAACUCGUGGGUCAAGUGCAGGUGGAUCAGACUUUCUAAAUUGGACGAUGAAGGAUAUUUUAAAGGCACUUUUAGAUGAAAUUGAAUUGCGUGAAGCACACGAGUCAUCUACGACGAACACGUCUAAACAAGAAGGAAGGAAAUCACAGUUUGUAGAUGGAUCGGCAGCUGCUCUUGUGAAUCAUACCACCAGGGAAGGGAAGCCAAGAUGCGUAUAUUGUUUACAAGAACAUUUAUCACAAGAUUGUAAGAAAAUUCAGAAUGCUGGUGAGCGUAAACAGAUACUUCGUAAGUACCGACGGUGUUUUGUAUGUUUAAAAAGAGGACAUAUUUGUAGUAAUUGUUUAAAUACGAGUAAAUGUAGUGCAUGCAGUAAACGACAUUAUAGUUCUAUUUGUGAGAGCCAUGCUAAUGGGUCUAUAACCGCUGACGUAGUUCAUUCCACACAUUCGUGCGUUGGGUCAGCAAAUAGAGUAGCAUUGCAGACAGCUCAGGCUUUGGUGAUGGGAGGAAAGGAGAAUGUGAGAGUGCGGGUUAUGUUUGACUCAGGAAGUCAACGGUCAUUCGUUACUGGCAAGGUAGCUCAGAAGGCAGGAGUGCCAGUAAAGAGGAAGGAAUGGGUAGAAAUUAGAACGUUCGGACAGGAGAAGGUUGAAGGGAAGUUGAGAGAAGUGUUUGAAUUGAGUGUAGCCCCAGUACAGGGGGGAGAGAGUGUUAGCAUUGAAGUUUAUGCAGUAGACAGCAUUUCACAGAUUAGGAAUGAGCAUGUAGAGACAAGGAAGAAAGAUUACCCACAUUUGCAAGGGUUAUGGUUUUCCGAUGUUUGUAAGACCAAGAAUGUGUUAGAAAUAGAGUUACUAAUUGGCGCAGAUUAUUUGUGGUUAUUUCAAGAAGGGCGUACGGUUAGGGGCAAGAGUGAUGAACCUGUUGCGGUACAAACCAAAUUAGGAUGGGUGUUGUCAGGUCCACUGAAGAGUAGCUCUGAAGAUGAUGAUGGUCCUACAUCGUGUGCACAGGUAAGCAUAAACCUUAUUGGGCAUGUAACAUCAAAGAAUAGGUCCCUUGAAGCAUGUGUUAAAAAAUUAUGGGAUUAUGAAACGUUAGGUAUAAAGCAUGAAGAGGAAGCUAGCGAGUUAUUAAAUGAUUCAAUACAUUUCAAUGGCCAACGAUAUAGUGUAAGUUUACCUUGGAAGGAAGGGCAUAGUUUAUUGCCAACUAAUUAUAGCUGUAGUGUGCAGAGAUUAAAGGGACAGCUUUUAAGAUUAAAGAAGGAGCCAGAAGUUUUACAAGAGUAUGAUAGAGUAAUUAAAGAACAGUUAGAGCUAGGUAUUAUAGAACCAGUUGUAGAGUUAGAGAGAGCUGAUAAGAUCCAUUAUCUACCACAUCAUGCUGUGGUUCGUAAAGAUGCAAAGACCACUAAGGUCAGGGUUGUGUAUGAUGCAUCGAGUAAAGAGACUAAGAAGGGGGUAUCUUUAAAUGACUGCUUGCAUGUUGGGCCACCUCUAUCCCCGUUGUUGUAUCACAUUAUAUUGCGUUUUAGAGAAAAGCGAAUAGCGCUUGUAGCAGAUAUAGAGAAGGCUUUUUUAAAUAUUGAAAUUGAUCCGUGUGACAGAGAUUGUUUGAGAUUACUUUGGGUGGGCAACAUACAUGAAGAUGAGGUGAAGCCAGUAGAGUAUAGAUUUUGUAGAGUUGUUUUUGGUGUGAACUGUUCACCAUUUUUGCUGAAUGCCACACUUCAACACCAUCUUGACCGCUUUUCGAAGGGUAAUCCUGAAUUGACUCGAAAGUUGAAGGACGGCUUUUAUGUUGAUGAUCUGGUAACUGGAGAACAAACCCCUGAGCAUGCAUUAUCAUUAUAUGAGGCUUCUAGUAACAAUUUAGCUUCUGGGGGGUUCAAGCUUAGGAAAUGGCUCAGUAAUAGUAAAUUUGUAUUAGAGAAAAUCCAAUCAAAGGAAGAAAUCAAGCCUGAUAGAGGAAACUUGGCAUGUGAAGAAAUAUUUGCUAAGUCAUCCCUUUGCAUGACAGGCAAAAAUGACACAUCAGAGAAAGUCCUUUGGUUAGCUUGGAAUUGUACAACUGAUGAAUUUCAGUUUUUGUUUCAGGGUUUAGUUGAGAAAGCAAAAUCGCAACCUGUUACCAAACGCAAUACUCUUAGAAUAUUAGCUGGGUUGUUUGACCCAUUGGGAAUUCUUAGCCCAAUGGUAGUAAGUAUUAAGAUGUUGUUUCAAGCACUGUGUUUGGACAAAGUAGAUUGGGAUUCUGAAUUAAAAGGAAAAUAUUUGAAGCAAUGGUUAGGUUGGGUUCAUGAUCUUGAAGUUGUAGGUCAAAUUAUGAUACCAAGGUGUGUGUAUGGAAAUCUAAUUGGAAAACCCAAAUGUUCAUUACAUGGGUUUGGUGAUGCUAGUUUGAAAGCCUAUUGUGCAGUUGUGUAUUAUGUCUGUGAAUUAAGUUCAGACGAGACUAGUUACAAAAUUGACGAGAAUGAUGCGACAAAGGUUAAGCGUAGGUUUAGGCAUCUAGCGAAACUGCGAGUUCACUUUUGGGAGAGAUGGAGAAAGGAAUACUUGACGAAUUUGAGAGAGCAUCAUAGAAGUAAGAGGGAGAAGAGGGAUUCAGAAAUUGUAUCCUGUAGAGUUAAAUGAGAACGGAAGCAGUACGGAAGAAAGAAAGGAUAAUAAAGUUGAAAAUGAAGUGGAUGGAUAUGAUAACCAGAAAGGAAAGACGAAAAUUAAUGAGAAAGAAAAGACGGAAAUGAAUGAGAAAGACGGAGAGAAGGGUAAUAGACCUAGGAGAGCAGCAGCUUUGGAUGCACGUUGGAGAACACAAGUCAUGUUUGUCCCUUACAGGCUCAAAGGGGGGAGUGUGUAGAAUAAUUUCUAACAUUAUACUAUUAAUAACGCCGUAGGAGACCAAACAAUGGGUGAUUUAGUUGAUUGACGUAAGAAAUGUAUCGUAUCUCAUAAAUAAUAGACUUCAAAUUGAUUGUCAGACGGAAAGCACGAGAGAAAACAAGAAGGAUUGUUUGUUAUAUAUUUUAUCGAUUGAAUAGUUUUAAAUAAAUAUGUUUUAAAGUACGCGUGUGUGUUCUAUUUCCGAUGGUAUUGUUCUGAUAGCAUACAGUCCCCACGAAGCGCAACUGUCUUGCGGUGUAAGACAGAAAAGUGCGACAAAUAUAUAUAGUUAUGUAUAUAUUUCAAUGCAUACCGCAACCUCUGUCCGUUGCAAAUGUAGUUAUAUAUUUGAAUGCAUAACCGUGACCUCUGUCUGUAGCAAAUGAAACAAUUAAUGCACCGUAGCCUCGUGUAUGCAUUCUGUCCCAAAGGAUAACAAAAAUGACAAUAAGAGACUUGUAACAGAUUUAGAAGUCAGUCUGUCUUUGUAG